AUGAGACAACAAUACCUUUCGUUGGCGUUGCUCUCGGCUAUUAUCUUGAAUGUCUGCUUCUUCAUGUAUCAGAAUUGGGCCCGUUGGGAGCCUCUGGUCAAUUUUCAAAAUGCCGACAAGCCUCAUUCUAAAAAUGCCAAGACCGUAAACAUAAUGAAUGUCGAAAACUUUACGGAGUAUGUCAGACCUCUAGAUUUGGCGAACAGCACGUCACUAUUCAACUCGAUUCACUCAGCCCUGAAACAGAAGGACUCCGAUAUUCAUCCCGCUGGAGUCUCUUACUUCCCUGCGGUGAUACCUGAGGGGACAUUGAUGUAUCACGCUGGUAACUGCAAGAUCCCCGAUAGCUUUGAAUGGCUGGCAAUGGACUUCGAGUUCAGCUUCAGCUUCGGCUCCAGGAGAUCCUCUCGUGGAAGAGCGAGUCUCCGUUCACGUGGUCGUCAUGGGUUUCCUGGAGGCGGUCGCCCUCACAACGGUGCAGAAUCUGAGAAAAGCGAGAACGAAGCAAAUGCCGAAGACAAUGAAAACGCAGAAAACAAAAAUACGAAUGCAGAAGACACAGCUGCGGGCAAAGGAGGUUUUCCACAGGACUCUAGAAUGUGUCUCUUCACAUUCAGAGCCAAUCGAGAUCUAAACAAAUUCUUGUAUCUCGACGGUGCCUCCGCAGCUAAGACGGAUACUGGUGAAAUGGACACCCAGCAGCUGCUUUCGGACAUUGCAGCCUUGAAGCUAAAUCUCACAAACCAUGGAAGUGGGAUGGCAGAGAGACUAUACGCGGAGAACAUUUGCAAAUGGGGAAAACCUUAUGGGUUGCACGGUAUAAUCAGAGUUGAAAUUGGUUUUGAGAUUGUGUUAUGCGAUUUCUUGAAUGGAGACGUUGAGUUGGUCUCUAACGUAACUUCUGCGAGUGCUGAAACAGCUCUAAAUCUUCCUCCUGCGGUAAAAAUCACAAAGGAGAAUGGUUGGCCAUUGGGUGACGAUGGUCAGCUGAUUGAGGACCAGUUAACGGACGAACAGAGAGCUAUUCUCGAUCAGGAAGACAAAUUUGAGAGUUUCUUAUCUCAGGUCGAUGCGACAAUCGAGUUUGAUCAUGUUCAUGCGGGUGCAGUUCAUGAUACCGGCGACAAGCGUAUUCAACUAGACUACAGGUACCUGGUUUCCGGAUUUAACAGAACAUGGCUAGAUCCUAACGUGUUCAAGAGAAGAUUAUUGACCGAAAACGCAACUUUGGAUCUUGAAUACGAAAUUGUCGAAGAAUUAGAAAAUACAUUAUCACUGGGUUACGAUGCUUCCGAAAGCAAUAAUUGGCAACUUGUAACAGAAGAGAUUGUUGACAAGUUUUCCCCACUGAUUUUGUCUAUAGAAAAAAGUCUCAAAAGGGAUGCGGAUGAAAUUGAGGUGGCACGGAAUGCGACCAGAAGGACUUUGGGUUUCAUCAGGAGAUUUGUUCACCAGACCGAGGAUUUCUUGUCGGAGCAUUCUAAAGAUCUAGCCGUUUACCAAUAUACACAACCACUUAAGCCGUUGGUUACGGACGCAGACUAUCUGAUAUGGUCUGCCUUAGUCAAUACUGUUCGUGAAACGAUUGACACAUUGUACUACGUGAACACCAGGCUGCAACCUAUCAUAACAGAAGAUUUGCUAAACAAUAGAAAAAUUGAUGACGCAAAGGCUCGAAUUGAUGAUUCUCAGGCUGCUAUUGACUCAUUAAAGCAGUCUUUGGGAUGGAUAGCAUUUUCCUACCGUUGUGAUAAAAUCUGUGGUGAUGAAGAGAUUUGCUACACGCCAUCUUGGGGGCCCGGACCUUUUGGUUGGAUUACGCCUGAUUCGACCACUGAUCACCUUGGAAUGACCUACGAUGAGAUACUCCAAAGGCAAGUUAUCCAGCAGACCUUACAAUGCAUUAGCAUUGAAAAUCUGCUAAAUCAUUGA